AUGAAACUUUUCCUUACAUUCAUAAUUACAGUUAUUUUAAUUAAUUUCAAUAGUGCAGCAAAUAUUUUGGGUUUCAUGAACGUUGCUUCACCAAGUCAUUCAAUUUGGAAUAAUGUAUUAGUAAAGGGUUUAGCUGAACGAGGUCAUAAUCUUACAAUUAUAAUUUCGGAUUUACCUAAAGAUUCAAAUGAAAUCAUAAAUAAUGUGACGUAUUUUACUGUUGAAGAAGUUUACAGUGGGAUUAACGAAAUUGUUCAAAUAAAAGAUUUUUUUAACUUACCUGCAUAUAAAAAUCCUAUUGAGUUUCAUGCCUAUUGUAUUAAAAAUUGCGAAGCAACCCUAAAUUCAAAAGAAUUCAAUAAAUUUAUAAGCACUUAUGAUCGUAGUUUUAAAUUUGAUUUAGUUUUAUAUGAUUUUGUAUGUGGACCUUGCCUUUUGGGACUACUAGAAUAUUUUAAUUAUCCACCAUUAAUUGCUAUAUCACCGUUUCCAGUUCUUUCAUUUGGUAACAGAUUUAAUGGAAAUCAUAAUUAUGCUGGUUACAUUAGUUAUUUUGGCGCUUCAUUGAAUCCAGUCCAUAAUAUAUUUGACAGAUUUUAUAAUAAUUUUUUGUACCUAUUUGAGGCUUUUUAUAGACGUUACAUAUUUUACCGGGAUCUUGAUCAAGUAGCAAGAAGCAAGCAUUUUCUAAAAGAUAUCAAAUUUAUUGGAGAUUUAGAAAAGAGUGUGAUGAUUUCAUUGGUAAAUACUCAUCCGUCAGUAACUUCAGCACAACCAAUACCACCGAAUGUAAUUGAAGUUGGAGGUCUUCAAAUAACAGAUGUUAAACCUUUGCCAAAAAAUUUAGAAAACUUUAUAACUUCAGGCAAAAAGGGUGCAAUAUUAUUUUCAUUGGGCACAAAUGUGCGACCGGAGGAUAUUUCCGACGAAUACAUUGACAUUUUCUUUACAGUUAUAAAAAAUUUUCCUGAUUAUAAUUUUAUGCUAAAAUUUGAUGAAACAAAAAUAAAAUUAAAUAUGCCGAAAAAUCUUUUAAUUAAAAGAUUUUUUCCACAACGUGAUAUAUUGGCACAUCCAAAUACAAAGCUGUUUAUAACACACUGUGGCGGAUUAAGUAUACAAGAAUCUAUUUGGCAUGGAGUUCCAUUUCUGGGAUUAUCAUUAUUUUCUGAUCAAGUCAAAAAUGCUAAAGAUGCUGUACAAAGAGGAAUUGCAGUUCAAGUGGAAUUUUUUAAUUUAACAAAGCAAACAUUUGAGUAUGGUAUAAGAGAAGUCUUGGAAAAUGACAAGUAUGCUAAGAACAUUAAACUGAUGUCGAAACAAUUCCGUGAUACUCCUAUGAAACCGUUAGAAACUGCUAUUUGGUGGAUUGAAUAUAUUUUACGUCAUCCGAAUUCCGAUUAUCUAAAAUUAAAAUCACUACAAAUGAAUUAU